AUGUUCUUUCUCACGACAACCUCCCGCCUAUCGCCCCUGAGAUCGUUAGCAUGGCCAACAUCCCUUGGCCGUCGACAUUUCACAAGCUCCUUGCCGACGCGCAUCUGCCAAUCAAAUCCACAAAGUCGAUCUCCUUGCUCAUCCACAUCGGAUCAGCAAGCCACUUCCACUUCAUCUUCUGCGUCUACUCGUUCCGUUCCGAUAUUUUCCAGAGCCUUCUGGUCGUGUCGCUCCACAUGGAGACGAGCAGGAAUCAACACGCUACGAUGUCUUGUCGGAUGCACCAUCGGUGAUUUCUCGGCGUUGUGGACAUUGCAAUCGUACUAUCCAGAGUUGGGUAUGAAUACCAUUAUGUUAGCAUCGAUGGGCUGCGGCAUUACAACCUCCAUCAUCCUUGAAACAGUGCUGCUUCGUCGAGGCGCAGAUCAACUUUCCUGGUCCAGAGCUGUACGAACGGCCAUGGGCAUGAGCAUGGUGUCCAUGGUAGCCAUGGAGAUCGCAGAAAAUGCGGUCGACUACCAUUUGACGGGGGGUGUGAUCGCUUUUGAGGAUCCAAAAUUUUGGGCAGCCGCUGUGUUGUCAAUCGGCGCUGGAUAUUUGGCUCCUCUGCCGUAUAAUUACUUGCGGUUGAGGAGGUAUGGAAAGGCUUGUCAUUGA